UAAGGCAGAAGUUGUGAAACUGCGGCCCGCAGGAUGUCCGGCUCCCCGGGCACAGGUGGCUCCAACCCCAGGAAGUUCAGCGAGAAGAUAGCGCUGCACAACCAGAAGCAGGCAGAGGAGACGCGGGCCUUUGAGCAGCUGAUGACAGACCUCACCGUCUCCAGGGUGCAGUUUCAGAAGGUCCAGCAGCUCCGACUGACUCAAUCCCGGGCUCAGUACUACGGCUCUCUGCCCAAUGUCAAUCAGAUCGGCAACACCAGCACCGAGUUCCAGGGUGGCUUUCCGUCAGGAUUGGACUCGGCCAGAGGGACCCGCCACCACGGGCUGGUGGAGAGGGUCCACCGGGACCGCAACCGCAUCAACUCUCCCCACCGCCGACCCGUCGACAAGCACGGACGGCAGAUAGAGAGCUCUCCGUACGGAGCGGUGUACCUGUCCCCACCUCUGGACAACAACUGGAGAAGGGAGCAGCAGCCAUGGACCGAGGAGAAACGGCCUGGGUUGAGAUUAAUAUCACAACUCAACAGAACCAACUCAGACUCUGCUCUCCAUACGAGCGCCAUGAACCCAAACCCCCAGGACCCCUUUGGCAUGAACCAGCAGAUGGGUCGAGGUCCUCCCCAGCGCAAUGGCUGGAAUGCAGCCAGCGUUAAUGAGACAGAGGUGGACGGAUCAGGAAAUGUCUUCUCCUUCCCCUCCCUGACUAACGAGGAGAACCUAAUAGGCGUCAGUAAGCCGCUUCCCAAGCAGCUGUGGGAGGCCAAGAAGGUCCAGUCUCUGGCAUCGAGGCCUAAAUCAUGUGAAGUGCCUGGAAUCAAUAUUUUCCCGUCUCCGGAGCAGAACCCAGGUCUGUCCCACUACCAGGGUUUAUUGAAUACCAGCGGCUCGCUGCCGGACCUCAGCAACCUGCACUUCACCUCGCCGCUCUCCACGCCGCUGGACCCGGAGGACAACGGAGGCUACAACAACCUCAGCGGGGGCAGCAGCACCGGCAACCUGCCGGCCGCCAUGAUGCACCUCGGCAUUGGCAACUCGCAGCAGGGUGGGUGGAGCUCAGGUCUGUCCUCGUCUCUGAGCAACCCCUCGAUCCAGGCGUCCCUCAACAACUGCCAGCUGCAGUCGUCGCUCAGCAAUCCCUCCAUCAACUCGUCCCUCCGUCUGUCCAGUAACUCCCCCCGGCGGCGGCCAGCUCCCAUCAGCCCCCUCACCCUGUCUCCCGGCUCCGAACAGCGCAGGGGUCUGGCCAAGCAGCUGUCUCCCACCAUGUCCCCCUCGCUGUCCCCCAUCACACAGGGAGUCGCUUUGGAUACCAGCAACAUGCCAAGAGAGCCGCCCCCACCCUAUCCGCUCUAUCAGCAGUCCCAGCAUGCAGUGGACCAGGGAAGGCAACAUCAACACCAACACCAACAACACCAACAACACCAGCAGCAACAGCAGCAGCAGCAACAACAACAGCAACAACAACAGCAGCAACAACAACAACAACAACAACAGCAACAACAACAGCAACAACAACAACAGCAGCAACAACAGCAGCAACAACAGCAGCAGCAACAACAACAGCAGCAGCAACAGCAGCCUCUUUCCCCUCUUCAGAGCAUCUCACUGGACUUCAACAUGAGCCAACACAACAACAUGGCGGCGCUCUUCAACGACCCCUUCAUGGAGCAACAGUUCUCCAACCGCCAGACCAAGACCCACCCUUAUCAGUUGGAUCAGUUCGCUCUGUUGGAAAACGCGAUGAGCUCCUCGGCGGGGGGUUCCUGCUUCGACCCUUCCUCCUCUUUGCUCUACUACUCCCAGGCCGCCCUCUCGGGGCUGGGCGGCAGCCACGGCAACCUGCAGGACCCGAUGCACAUGAGGUCCAACAUGCUGUACUCCAACUGCAGUGGAGGGCUGCCCAACAUCAUACUCACUGAUGACUCCAACCCCAGUCUGUCAAAGGACAUCAGCAGCGCUCUCUCUACGGUGCCCGAGUGUUUUGACUCGGAGGGAUGCUUCCCGUUGGAGGACGAGCUGCGCAUCGAGCCGCUCAGCCUGGACGGACUGAGCAUGCUCAGCGAUCCCGACAUGGUGCUGCCGGACCCGUCGGUGGAGGACAGCUUCCGCAGCGACAGACUCUGAGCAUAGAGAGGGAAUAAAAGGCGGAUUUGCAGUGUAUAGAGUGUACAAAUCUGAAUAUGCAUGCAAAACCAUCUCUAUAGGGCCACUGUGCAUGCGUCCACUGCCACUAACAUUCAUUUAAAUGUGAAAGACACCAUGUGCACAGUCAUGCACACACACUUUUAUAAGGAGGCGACUUGUGAACAAACACUGUUUACACACACAGUUACCCCUCGUAAGUGACAUUAUUUUAAACGAGGCGGAUCGAUGCAGUUUGGGGUUUUUGAAUCAGCUCUGAGAGUCUGCACCUCCUGCAGAACCCCCCACAACAACCAAAAAGACUCGGACGAACACGUGAGACGAUCCCGCUUCUUUCUCUCUCUCUCUCUCUCUCUCUCAUCACCAGCUAACAGCCCCCUGAAGCCAUGGCAACCUCGUCACCAUGGUAACACACACACCAUAGCAACCCCCAUCGCCAUUGCUGAAGAGCAGCAGGAAUGCCAACACGCACGUUAACUUUCCUCACAGCUCCAGUAAAUCAGGGAAUGGGAGCUCAGAGCCGUUGUCGCUGUCCACAGCUGGAGCAGGGACACAAGGGAGCAGUGACGUGUCGGUGGUUUAACGUCUGGCAGCCCAGAAGAAGUGACAUUUGUCGGGGGUUAAACAUCUGGCAAACCAGGAGCAGUGACGUGUCGGUGGUUCAACAUCUGGAAACUCGGGAACAGUGACAUGUGUCGGUGGUAAGACAUCUGCCAGACCAUAAACAGUGACAUUUUUCCGAGGGUUAAACAUCUGGCAAACCAGGAGCACUGACGUGUCGGUGGUAAAACAUCUGGCAGCCCAGGAGAAGUAACAAGUGUCAGUUGAAAAACAUCUGGCAGCCCAGGCGCAGUGACGUGUCGGUGGUAAAACAACUGGAAAACCAGGAGCAGUGACAUGUGUCGGUGGUAAAACAUCUGGAAAACCAGGAGCAGUGACGUGUCAGUGGUAAAACAUCUGGCAGUCCAGGAGCAGUGACGUGUCAGUGGUAAAACAUCUGGCAGUCCAGGAGCAGUGACGUGUCAGUGGUAAAACAUCUGGCAGCCCAAAAGCAGUGACUUGUCAGUGGUAAAACAUCUGGCAGCCCAAAAGCAGUGACGUGUCAGUGGUAAAACAUCUGGCAGCCCAGGAGCAGUGACGAUUGUGUUGGUAGAACAUCUGGCAGCCCAGUUUUAAUCAGGUGAAGUUGCCAGCUGUGUCGGCGUGACUACUUCAGGCUCUUGAACAAUCACGGUAGAAAUGAAGACUAGAGAGAUUUUGUUUUAAGUGUAUUUCUUUACAAAUGGUAUCAGAGUAUUUUUGAGAUGUUUGCCACAUAUGUAUAUAUAUAUGUGUACAUGUAUACAUAUAUAUACAUAUAUAUACAGAUAUAUAUAAAUAUAUAUAAAAGCCUCCAUUUCAGUCUGAUUAGAAUGUAUUUUCAAACUCGAAAACAAAAAGGGCAAACUGUUUACAAAGAUGAGAUUUUAUUAAGUAAAUAUUACUUAAGAGUAUAGAUUUUUGACUUUCUAAUUAAGAGAUUAAAUUCUAAGAUGUGUUGAUAAAUGCUAUAUUUUUCCUUGAGAUUUGGUCGGAUCCUCCCCGUCUCCUCGGUCCUCUGGCAGAACUUUGACAGAAGAAAAACAAACAGAACUUCACUUUUUCUUUGAUUUUUUUUUUUUUUUUUAAAUACUUCUAUGUACAGUAAUUUCUCACGUUUUAUUUUACAUUUUGUACUGACUUGUUAUGGCGCUUUACUUGUACUUUUCAGUCUUGUUGUGAAUAAGGGCAUGCGCUGUGCUACUGUGGAUCAAUCUAUGCCCUCAAUAUCUUUAGCUUUCUGUCCUCGUGUUACAGCAGCACACACACACACACACACACACACACACACACACACACACACACACACACAGUCAGAGAGCAGACUGUAGACAUGUGGACAUCGGACAUCAUGUAACGUUGCACUUAACCUUCUUUUGCACUAAUUGGUUCACAGACUGAUAUUUUUUUACACCUGGUGAGAAAGUUUUCCUUUUUUUUUUUUUACCUGUUAACCCAAAGAAGAAGUUGAGAGAAGCCAUUACUGAGAAAAAGUGAGACUUUACGUGACGAGACAUGUUUAGUCACUGCACGUUCACUCAAUUCAAAACACCAGCAACAGGUGUUUAAUUUUGAUAUGAUGUUGGAAAAUUGAUAUUUUCUAGGCUCAUAUGAGACUUUAUAAUAACAUGUUUUUGUAAAGAGCUCAUAUUUGCAGGUGAUUAUGUAAUAACUCGGCCAUUCGGGGCAUUGAGCGCCCCCUAGUGUCCGUUUUGAUAAAAUCAAAGAGCUAUUCUUUUAAAAAAUAUAUUGUUUCUGAACAGAAUUUUCUCUAACUAUGCUCCUUUUUAGCUAUGCAACCGUUUCUCAAUCAAGUGAAACCUGUUGAGCAGGUUAUGCACUGUUCAUUUUAAUGUGCACAAUGUGGGGGGGGGAUCAAAUCAGCCAGAAAUCCACAAUAUUACAUGAGUCCAGUGUCCACAGUGUAAGAAGAGCGUCUUGCUCCUGCAGGAUUUGCAUCAACAGUCGGAGAACAAGAGCAAAAUUUAUAGCAAACUAUUUUUAAAGUUACUUGUGCAACGUUUUUUUAUUUUUUAUUAUUAUUUGGACUGCAUGCAAAAAAUGGUGCAUGGCACUUUUAUUUGUUUGUGAUUUAUUGUUUCUUUUACUUCUCAGUCAGAAGGUGUUCAACGCUGCACUGUGAGGACUGAGUUCUUUCUGAAAGAGGUUCAGUGUGAUUUCUAUGUCGACUAUAAAAUGAAGAGGGGUUGAUUUUCUAAGAGUUUUAUAUUCAAUCUCAGCUAUUAUACUUUUUUUUUUUUUUUUUUUUUUACCUGCUCUCUUGUUGGCUCUUAAAGACAUUCUGUUGAGCUAUGGAGACACUUUGCAGUUUAAUUUCCCUUAUUGUAAUAUAUAUAUAUAUAUAUUUGUUUAUUCCUCCUUCUGAUUCCCCGUCGUCUAAACGUUCGCCUUCUGCUGCCUUACUUUGUUGUAUUUUGUGACUUUUCAUAUUCCAGCAGUAACCUGUUUCAGCUCGUAGAAGCUUUAGCUCUGUACGGUACUAACCGCCCGUUGUCCUUCUGUCUCUUAGUCUGUUUCUUUUUUUGGUUACUUUUUUUAGUUGCAUAUUAAAAAAAGAAAUGUACAGUUCUGUUAUUUAAAGAAUGUUUUUGUCCACUAGUGUUACUACUUCUUUUUUUAUGUCAUAUGAGUUCCCCCAAGAUAUAAAAUGUUCUUGUAUAACGUUAUGUUAUAGUGCUUAUCUUUUCUGAUUUAAU